AAGUCUUGGAGCAGCUGCAUGCACAAGUGCAAGUGAGAGUGACAAAAAAGUGCAGUAGUGUGCUGUCUGCUGUGCAAUCGAGCGAGAGGCAAACGAUGGUGAACUUCGUGGAGGCGCAGAAGCCGCUGCUGAAGCGGCUGAUGAGGAUGGCGGGGCUCCGGCCGGUGGACGUCGAGAUCGAGCCGGGCACCACCAUGCACAUCUGGGUGCCCAAGCACCAUGUCAGCAAGAAGACCGGCACGAUCAGGCCGGUCGUCGAGCACGGCGGCGUCGAUGGCGACGGCGAGAAGGCCGGGGCGGCGAAGAGGAAGAAGAGCGCCGCCGAGUCGAGGCCCAACGUGGUGCUCGUCCACGGCUUCGCCGCCGAGGGAAUCGUCACGUGGCAGUUCAACUUCGGCGUGCUCGUGUCGCGGUACAACCUCUACAUCCCCGACCUGCUCUUCUUCGGCAAGUCGGCCACGGCCAGCGCCGACCGGUCGCCGGAGCUCCAGGCGCGGUGCGUGGCGGCGGCGCUCGCGCGGCUCGGCGUGGCGCGGUGCGACGUGGUCGGGUUCAGCUACGGCGGCAUGGUGGCGUUCAAGCUGGCGGAGACGCGGCCCGACCUGGUGCGGUCGCUGGCCGUGUCCGGGUCGGUGGUGGCCAUGACGGACGCGGUGAACAGCGCCACCAUGACACGCCUCGGCGCCACCUCGUCCGCCGAGCUGCUCAUGCCGGAGACGCUCAAGGGCCUCAAGCAGCUGCUUUCCAUCUCCAUGUACAAGAAGAUGUGGUUCCCGGACAGGUUCUACAAGGACUAUCUCAAGGCGAUGUUCAACAACAGGAAGGAGAGGAUGGAGCUGCUUCAAGGCCUCAUAACCAGCAACAUGGAUGCCAAGAUCCCUACUUUCCAGCAGAAAAUAAUGCUGAUCUGGGGCGAGGAGGACAAGAUCUUCGACAUAGAGCUCGCCAAGAAAAUGAAAGAGCAGCUGGGCGACGGGUGCUUCCUUCACGGCAUCCCCAAGGCCGGCCAUCUGCUGCACGUCGAGCGGCCGUGCGCGUACAACCGCCAGCUCCAGAGGUUCCUCUCGUACGUCAACUCGGAGGAGAAGGAGGCAGCCGGUGGUGGCGCCAACUGAACUUUGAUCCGUUCCAAGGCGUUACUGGGCUAUACAUUGGUGGUUUUUGUUGUAUAAUACUCCUGCUUCUGCUGUUCUUGAUGUUUGUUUCUUGAAAGCAAGUGCCAAGUGGUGUUGUGUUGGGGUUGGCCUAGCUGUAUGUGGUGGUAGUGAGUAGGACUAGUACUACAAAAGUAAGUAGGCCUCGUGUUGUCUCGUUCGUUCAGUCAUUCGUUUGGAUUCUUUGCAAACUCCGUGAGAUUUAUCGUAUACGAACACCUGUAAUCCGCCAUCACGUCAUAAGGAAAAAAAAUGUACUACAUCCCGUACCACGUUGCUGUCGAAUAAAAUUCAGAGUUCCGGUUUUUUGCAGCA